AUGGAUGAUAAGUCAACACUAGUUACACCUGGCGGCAAUACAUUUAUUGAUGAGUGGCAUGAUGCAUCAGCUGAAAAUUCUACUAAUAUUAAUACGAAUAAUCUACUAUUAAAAGAAAAUAAUCAUGAUUACUUGUCAUCUGAAGACAUAUUAAUAGAAUCACAAAAUAAAGCUAAUAAUGGAACAGUUAUUAAACAUUCAAUGCAAUUUAGUGGAACAAGUUCUGUUAAUCUUGAUCUUCAUUUAGGUCCAGCACCUUUCUGUUAUGAAGAAAAAGCUAAAAAAGAACGUGAAAAUUGUGAUUAUUCAAUAAAAAUUACAUUCGAUAUGGCUAAAAAUGGUACAGCACCAAGAAAAAUUCGUGUUUAUGCAGAUGGUAUUUAUGAUUUAUUUCAUGCUGGUCAUGCUCGACAGUUAAUGCAAGCAAAAAAUUUAUUUAAAAAUGUUUAUUUACUUGUUGGUGUUGUUAACGAUGAAGUAACACAUAGAGAAAAAGGUAAAACUGUAAUGGAUGAAGCUGAACGUUAUGAAAGUGUUCGCCAUUGUCGUUAUGUUGAUGAAGUUGUAACAGAUCCACCCUGGGCAAUUGAUGAUGAACUUUUAAUACAAAAUAAAGUUGAUUUUGUUGCACAUGAUGGACUUCCAUAUGUAACUGAAGCUAGUGAUGAUGUUUAUGAACAUGUUAAAGUAAGUUAUAGAAAAGAAAUCUUAUCCAAUAUUAUGAAUAUUCACUAUCGAAAAUUUUGUGUACUAACACUGUGA